AACGCCGUUGCUGUGCGACGAUGAUGCAUUACACAGAAGUAACAGAUAUCAAGUUACAGCCCCGUUAAAAGUUCAGGUUCUGAUCCAGUUUCCACGGGUUUUGUCUUCAGUAUUUAUUCAGCUGUUCAGCCAUGCCUCUUCCAGACACCAUGUACUGCGCCCAGCAAAUUAACAUCCCUCCUGAGCUGCCUGCCAUCCUCAAACACUUCACCAAGGCAGCCAUACGCACACAGCCAAAGGAUGUUCUGCAGUGGUCUGCAGCAUAUUUUGAUGCCCUGUCCAAAGGAGAGCCUCUGCCUGUUAAGGACAGGCUGGAGAUGAAUGUUGCUACCCAAAAGACGGACACAGGACUGACUCCAGGUCUGCUAAAGACUCUGCAUAAACAGCUGUCCCAUGAGGAAACGUGCAGCAAAGAGGAGCUCCAGAAGAGAUGGAAGGGUCUGUGUCUGCCCAUGGAUCAGCUUGAGGCCCUGCUGUUGCUCGGGCGCUUUGAUUCACACAUCAACUGGAUGAAGUUUUUUGCCCUGGGCUGCAGUGCUCUUGGAGGGACCCUCAAGAGAUCUCUGAAGUUUGCCUGUGAGAUCCUUACAGAGGAUGAGGAGGGUGGUCCUGCAAGGAUUCCUUUCACCACCUUCACCAAGCUCUACACCUACCUGACACAUGAGGACGGAGAUCUGGCACACGACCAGUUCCUCAGUAGCCUGCAGGCUGAAGCCAACAAGCAGAACGGCAUGAUUCAGGUUUCCACCUUCUACUGCAGCAGGAAGAAAGAGGAGACAUGCAAAGCAGAGGAAGGAAGGAAAAGAAGUAACAUAACGACCAUGUUCAAUUAAUAAAUUGG